AUGUUAUUCAGAAUUACAGUUGUUAAAUGUACUGAUCUUCCACCCAUGGAUGCCAAUGGACUAUCCGAUGGUUUUUGUGAAUUGUGGGUUGUCAAUUCGAAAACCAACAAAUACCUCGAACCACCAAAGAAUCAAAAUGAAAUUAAACGUACACAAAUUGUCAUGAAGAAUUUAAAUCCAGUCUUUAAUGAAACUUUUGAAUUUGAUUUUAGUGAAAAGUUGAAGAGACGUGAAAUUGAUUUUGCAACAAGAGUAUCAGAGGAAGAUGAUAUUGAUGAUGAUUAUAUUCUUGAUGAUCCGAUGGAUAAUUUAUUAAUGAUUAGAAUUGUUGAUUAUGACAAAUUCACAAAGAAUGAUGUAAUUGGAUUUGUUCUACUUCAAGUAUUCGGAUUGAAUUUAAAACCAAAUGAAAAGCAACGUAGAACUUUUCCAAUUGUUGGUUCUGAUCAGGGUUCUAUUGAAUUGAUUAUUGAAUCUGUUUAUGAUCCAAAAUCAAUGCAAGGUUCUAGUUUUGCUAAUUUACCAGCUGUUUCCUCACUUUCAUAUGAAGCUGAUGCUCCUUCAAAUGUUAUCAUGACAGUUGGUCCAGUGAUUGGUUUAGUAAAGAGUACUAGUGCUAGAAUUCUUGUGGAAUGUUCGAAAGAUUUGAUUAAUAAUAAUGAUUCCGAGUUGGUAUUGGAUGUGGUUUGUUAUCCAAUUUGUGAAAGAUCUCAUUUAGAGAAGAGAGAUGAUUAUCUCAAUAAGCGUUUAUUGCAUCUACAUAUGCAUGAUACUCAUGGUUCUUAUCAUGAAGCUAUUCUUAAACGUUCACUUUUAACAAAAUCAAAGAGGGAAACUCUUAAAGCAACUAAUAUAAUCAAAAAGAAGGUCAUUAUUCCAAAUGCCAACAUUCCACACACCUUUACAAUUGAAGGUUUAUCUCCAGAUUAUGUUUAUAGAGUUGAAUUCCCUAAUGUUGUUAAUACCAAGACAAGAGUUGGUAUUAUCAAGACAAUGGUUAGUGAUAAUUUGGGAAAUCUCAAUACUAGAUCACACCAUUUGAACACGGCAGCUGUUAGUUGCAAUUUAAUUGAAAGACGUAUUCCUGAUAAGGAUGUUUGGGAAAGAAUGUUAGAAAAAGUUGAUGAACUUGACAUUUUAAUGCAUUGUGGUGAUCAAAUUUAUAGUGAUUGUGGUCACAAUGCAUUCGAUGAAGCAAAAAGAAUUUGUGAUGGUAGAAUUAAACUUGAAAAGGAUGAGGAAAAUGAAAUUAAGGAACUUUUUAGAAAGUAUUACAGAUUAAAUUGGAAUCACCCUCCAACUAGAAGAAUCAUGUCUCAAGUUUCAAAUUUAAUGAUCUUGGAUGAUCAUGAAAUUAGAGAUGAUUGGGGAUCUGAUGAAUGUGAUAAGGAUAAGGGAUCUGUUGAAUAUUAUAUUGGUAGAUUGGCACGUGAAGUUUAUUGGGAAUAUCAAAGAAGUCUCAGAGAAGAUGUCCUCUCAAUGAAUUAUGAGGAAACUUUCAAGAAACAUGAAGGAUAUUAUCAUGUGUUUGGUGAUUAUGCAAUCUUAUUCUUAGAUUUGAGAGCUGCUCGUUCAUUCAAUUCAGAAUUGUCAGGAGAUAAACCAUUCCUAACACAACCUCAAUGGGAUGAUUUAAAUAAUUGGCUUUUCAAGGAUAAUAAUGCCCUUGCUUCUGAGAAUAUAAAGGCAUUGAUUUGUGUCUGUUCCGUUCCAUUAGUUUUCCUUAAUAAGAAGAUGACUGAUAGUUUACCAAAGAUUACUUCUAAACUUUCAGAUAUGAGAGACCACUGGAAUUAUGGACAUCAAUUUAAUGAACAAAUUGGUAUUCUCAACUCAAUUAAUAGAUGGAAGAAAGAACAGCCAAAUAGAGAAGCAGUAUUUGUUGCUGGUGAUGUACAUAUUGGAGGUGUUACUGAAAUUAUGUAUAAUAAUGAAAUGGUAUUGAAACAAUUAACCACUAGUUCUGUUUCUAACAAUGAAUUUUCAUGGUGUUUAGGAUUAUCAAUGAGAUUUAUGCUCACUAAGAGUUCAGAACUCAAAGAAGGUUGGACAUUUAAACAUCAAAAGUGGACAAGAAAACGUAAUUAUGGAAUUCUUAAUAUUGCAACAGACGGUGAAAAAGUUACACCAGUGAAUUUAUUGUCUGAAGGCUACACUAAGGAUCAAGUUGCCGAUUUUGAAACUCAUCCCCAUCCAUCCUAUAGAUCUAAUAAUAGGAAAAUUUGUUUAAGACUUAAAGAAUUGUUUAACAGGAUUGAAUUGGAAAAUCUGAUGGAACAUUUGGAAAAACUCCAGUUUCAUUCUUUGGAAAAGGAAUAUCCAAAAGAAUAUAGAAAUUGUAAGAGAGUUUUAAUUAAGAGCAAACCAAUGGCAGAUGCUAUUUGGAAUAGAAUUAAACCAAUGUUGAAGGUUUCAGAUUUUAAAGAUUUGAGACCUUAUGGAUUUGACAAUGAAGGAUUGUGGAAACCUAUUGGAAUUAAUGAAGUAUUAAGAAUUUCAAAAUAUGAGGAGGGUGGAUAUUUCAAACCUCAUAUGGAUGGUCAAUUUGUUAUCGAUGAUAAUCGAAAGAGUAUUUUAACUGUAUUAAUUUAUUUGAGCCAAAGUUUUAGUGCAGGAACAAAUUAUUAUCAUUGUAUUGAAAAGAAAGAUAAUUCUCUAUUAUUGCAACACGUACUCUCUACUAAUUGCAAUAUUGGUGAUUGUAUUCUUUUUAAUCAUGAAAUUUUUCAUAGCGGAGAGCCAGUAGAUUAUGGUACCAAGUAUGUACUCAGAACUGAAAUUAUCUUCCAACGUGUAGAUGAGGAUAAUGUUUCUCGUACUGAUUAUAAACUCAGUCAAGAAUAUCAGAAUAUUAAGAACCUUGUUGAGGAAAGUGAUAGAUUGGAAAAAGAAGGGGAUAUUGAAAAAUCUACCAAAGUUUACCUUGAAGCUCAAUAUUUACAAAUGAACAUUUCAUCAAAUCUUCAAUGUAGUAAGCCAAGCUUUUUGGAAAGCACACUUCCAUCAGAGGUCUUAUCACUAAUUUUCAGCUAUCUUACUCCUACAGAGGUCUGUACGAGUAUUGUCUAUCUGAACAGGAAUUUGAAUGCGAGUGCAAGAGACCAAUACACUUGGAAACAAAGAUACAAAGACGAAUGGUGCGACAUCUCAAAAAAUGGGUUUGACUAUAACUCUACCAUUAUGAAAAUGGAAGAGGAUAUAUUUCAUGACCUCACAGAUUGGUUUCAUUUAUUUGUUUCCAGGAAAAAUCUUGAUAAGGAAUUUUGUGCAUUUAUUGUUAAUCCAGGUCCAAAUUAUUUCAGGUAUGCCCUCAAGAGUGAUUCAAAUAUGAGAUUUGAGAUUUCAUAUAGUGGAAUUGGAAUACAUAGCCAUUUUUUCUUUCCUGGAAAAGGGCUUAACGAUCUAUUUCUUGGUGAUGCAGGAAAGCAAUACCAAAGACUUUAUGAUCCUAUUGAUUUAUUCAUAGAUCAAGAAGCAGUUGAUCCUAUGAUUUUAGCUUGUUUUAUUGAGUACAUAUUGAGAGAUUCUUUGGACUUGAGUUUGAAACAAUAUCCAGUACUCCUAGCCAAACCAUUCAUGUUUUCAAGUGAGGACGAGGAGAUUUUGAAAGAUAUUCUUUUUGGAGCUGGAAUACCUGCACUUCAUAUCGAACACUCUUACACAUUGAUUUCCUUAUAUUAUGGAAUGCCUAAUUGUACAAUAAUAGAUAUACGCCCAGAUUAUGUAGGUGUUGCAGUUGUAGAAAAUGGAAAACCAUUACCAACAUCAACAUUCUUCUCACCAGACUUGACUAAUUUUAAACAUCAUAUUAAAGCUCACUAUGAUAUGGACUGGCCAAACAAGUUCGUCCAACAAAAUGCAAUAGUAAGAAUUGAUGAAGAUGAUAGUUCAUCAGUUCAGUAUGGAUUUGGAGAGUUAUUUUACACAACAAUUUUACCAUACAUUGAGGAAUUUUUACAAAAAUUAGAGAAUGCUCCUCCAAGUACAAUUAUUAGAGGUGAAUUAUCACUUGUUCCGGGGCUUGUAACAAGAUUAAUUAAGGAUCUUUCUGGAAAAUUUGUGGAGAAAAACUUUACAUUCACUCACGACCCUGAAAAUUGUGUUUGGGAUAUUUUGAAGGGAGGUAAAAUAAUGUCAAAUCUAAGUGAUUUCAAAGAAAAAUGUCAAAAGAGUGGAAACUAUGAACAAGUUUGCCAUCCUUCGCAAUAUGCUACUUUUGAUCAACUUUCUCAAAAAAUCAAACAAUCAAAUAACAAGUAA